GCUGCGCGCCGGAAGUGACGAGUGUGAGCGUGGUUAGGGCCCGGCCAUGGCGGAGCAGGUGCUGUUCAAGCGCGGCACCGGGCAGAGCGACGAUUCGGAUGUAUGGGAUGAUGCGGCUCUCAUCAAGGCGUAUGAUAAAGCUGUGGUCUCUUUCAAGAACGCCUUAAAGAACGGGGAGUGUUCGGAGCUUUCGGGCAAACAGGAGCACCGCCAGGGGAUGAAGAGAAAAAACAAUAAAAAGAACAAAAACAAAAGGAGGACCAACCUGCCUUCGAAACAGUGGAAAGUUGGUGACAGCUGUAAUGCUGUUUGGUCUGAGGAUGGUAAUGUGUACUUAGCAACUAUUGCCUCCAUCAAUCACAAAAGAGGCACAUGUGUUGUUACUUACACGGGAUAUGGAAACCAGGAGGAGAAGAGCCUGACUGAUCUACUCCCUGCAGCCAUCGAUGAAAUAAAUGAGAGUGAGACUCCGUGUUCAACAGAUGGAAGUGAAGGAUCUCAGUCACCUGGAAACAAAAACAGCUUCAUGAAAGGAAGAUUCUUCCCUGAAAACCUGCGUUUUCCUGUACCACCAGGAGUUCCAGGCCUGGGAAGGUCUGGAUCAAAAUUCAGGGCACCUCCAUCGUUUUUGUCUUGCUGGCCCACACCCUUCCCAGCAGGACCACUGUUGAUUCCUCCUCCACCACCUAUGAGGCUGGAUUCUGAGGAUGAUGAAGCACUGGGGAGCAUGCUGAUAGCCUGGUAUAUGAGUGGUUAUCACACUGGGUAUUACCUGGGUUUAAAACAAAGUCGAAUGGCAGCAGCACUGGAGCGACAAACACAUGCAAAAUAACUGAAUAUCCAUGAUUGUUUUGAAAGAGUUGUAUCAUCCUUUUGGGCUAAAUGAAGAUACAGUGUGGCUUGACCAGUCUGAAACUACAGUUCAUUUUGCAAGCUCUCAAGAAGUUCUGAAUUCUGUGAAAAAACUGGGAGCCUUGGGACUUCCACCCACUUUUACAUCUCUUCGAAGACCACUUCAUCCAGUAUUAAUCCCUUCUUUGCUUAUCAGCUGUGGAAUAGCAGCCGUCUUGGCUAGAACAGAGGCAAGUAUUUUAUUUCUGUAAUGAGAGUUUUAACUACAGCAUGCCUUUACAUCAGGAUUAACAGCACGGCUUACUCCAGUUACCAAGAGUUAACCUUAUUUGUUUAUGGGCUACUUUGAAAAUAAAAGGUUAUGUGACAUGCAGUCUUCUCAUCUAUGUGCACAUGUUCAGAAGCAACUCCUUCCUCAAACAGUGGGAUUGCAGGAUGUGUAGCUGAACUUCUUUUCAGGUCAAGAUCAACAUUUCAGUUUGAUAUUGUGGAGUGAUUCUGUUCUCACUACUUCAGUGCUUGAGCUUUUAUUUGAAAUCCUGUGUUUAGAAUUCUACAGUAUAUUGUUCAGUUCCUUAUAGAACAAAAUUGUAUUGUCUUGGGGAUUUCUCUUUUCCAAAGCAAUAUCUGGUUUGCUGUUGAGUAAUUCAUUCAGCCAGGUACAAAUCUUUUCUGCUGAGAGGUGUAUCUUGCAUAUUCACAGCUAGUUAAUGGUGAAGAUCAGAAUUUUUUUAAGAAAUUAAUCUUAACAUUUUGUUAACACUGAUCUGUAUCUGAUAACAAGUGAAC